UCAUGUUAUAAAUACUGAUAGGCCCGCCGCCCUCCAUGCUUCCCGCCCAGACCGAGACCCAAAAGUGAAGGUGUGGACUGCGGGGUCGGCUUCCACUAAACCUGUACUAUGAAGGUGAUUGCUUCCAAAAACGACCCUCCCCUUGGGGCAGUGCUGACAUGCUCCAGGGCAGGCGUGACAGUGGAGUGGGGCAAGGAGACCUGCCUGGCCCUCACCGACUCCUUCUCCAUCACCUCCUCCCACUGUAUCUCUCGCCAUGUGGCUCGGGUCAACCCCUCCCUCGACCUGUACCCCUCCCACAUCCUGCAUCGCACUGAGGUUGACCACUGGCUGUCCACUGCGUCUGGCCCUUUGUCAUGUGGUGGGGAUAUUGUGUCCACUCUGGAGCAGCUGAACAAAGCUCUGGCUCCCUCGCCGGUGCUGGUGGGGCAGAAGAUCACCGUUGCAGACCUGGAGGUGUUUGCCGCUCUCUACAGGAAUGGAUCCUGGCAGGGGUUGGUGAAGAGUGGCGGCGCUCCGUCACACACCCUGCGCUGGUACAACUACAUCCAGAGCCAGGUGAACGACAUCUUGGCAGCUCUUCCUAGUGAUGUGCAGAAGGCCCUGACCUCCACGCAGGCUAUGUCUUCCCCUGAAAAGGUUGGAGGCACCACCAAGAAGCCUGAGGAGGGUGGCAAGUUUGUGGAGCUGCCUGGUGCCAAGAUGGGUGAGGUGGUGGUGAGGUUCCCCCCAGAAGCCAGUGGAUACCUGCACAUUGGUCAUGCUAAGGCUGCUCUCCUCAAUCAGUACUAUCAGCUGGCAUUUAAGGGAAAGCUGAUCAUGAGGUUUGACGACACAAACCCCGCCAAGGAGGACGCAGAGUUUGAGCGAGUCAUCCUGGAGGACCUGGAGCUGCUGCAGAUCAAGCCAGAUCUGUUCACCCACACCUCAGAUCACUUUGACCGCCUUCUGCAGCUGUGUGAGCAGCUGCUGGACCGUAGCCUGGCCUACUGCGACGAUACGGACGCCGAGACCAUGAAGAAGGAGCGUGAGGAGCGGAAAGAGAGCAGGAACCGCAACAACUCUGUAGAGAAGAACCGUGCCAUGUGGGAGGAGAUGAAGAAGGGGACUGACAAGGGCCUGGCAUUUUGUGUGCGUGCCAAGAUUGACAUGAACAGUGACAAUGGCUGCAUGAGGGACCCUACCAUCUACCGGUGCAAGAAUGAGCCCCAUGUGCGCACUGGCACCAAGUACAGGGUGUACCCCACCUAUGAUUUUGCCUGCCCUGUGGUGGACAGUGUGGAGGGUGUCACUCACGCCCUGCGUACCACCGAGUACCACGACCGUGAUGACCAAUACUUCUGGUUCAUUGACAAGCUGGGGCUGCGGCCGCUGCACAUCUAUGAGUACUCGCGCCUCAACAUGAACAACACGGUGCUGUCCAAGCGCAAGCUAACCUGGUUUGUGUCAGAGGGCCUGGUGGACGGCUGGGAUGACCCGCGCUUCCCCACGGUGCGUGGUGUGCUGCGGCGCGGCCUCACCGUGGAGGGGCUUAAGGACUUCAUCAUAGCUCAGGGGUCAUCCCGCUCUGUGGUCAACAUGGAGUGGGACAAGAUCUGGUCCUUCAACAAGAAGGUGAUUGAUCGCACUACCCCGCGCCACACAGCCUUGCAGGGCGACCUGGUGCCCGUGCUGGUGUCCGGGGUCACUGAGCAGGCCACCACAGCCCAGCGGCACCCCAAGGACCCGGCCCUGGGCACCAAGACAGUGUGGGUGGGGCCGCGGGUGCUGGUGGAGGCUUGUGAUGCGGAGCAGCUGCAGGAGGGCCAGAAUGCGACCUUCAUCAACUGGGGCAACAUCCGGAUAAAGAAGCUGCAGCGGCAGGAUGGCCGGGUGGUGGCGGUGGAGGCAGAGGCCAACACUUCUGACACUGACUACAAGAAGACCUUGAAGGUGACCUGGCUGGCAGACAGCCCCCAAAGCCCCACCACGCCCUUGGUCUGUGUUUACUUUGACCACCUCAUCAACAAGAGUGUGCUGGCCAAGGACGAGGACUUCAAGAGCUUCAUUGGCCAUGAGACGCGUGCUGAGCUGAGCAUGGUGGGUGACCCCGAGCUGCGCCACGCCAAGGUGGGCGACAUCGUGCAGCUGCAGCGCAAGGGAUUCUUCCGCGUGGAUGAGGCGUAUGCGCCGGUCAGCCUCAGUUCCUGCAGGGAGCGCCCUGUGGUACUCUUCUCCAUCCCUGACGGCCACUCUAAGGAUGCCCCCACAGCCGCCUCCAUCAAGAAGCUGGCUGGCAUGAGUGCCAAGGAGCGGCACCAGAGUGGCCAGGGCAAGAAGGCUGAGAAGAGUCCCCAGGAGGAGGUGCGGCCCAUGGUGGGGGCUGGGGCUGGGAAUGGCCAGGCCCUGCUGGAUGCCAUCAAGGUGCAGGGUGACAAGAUCCGACAACUCAAGGCUAGCAAGGCGGACAAGAAUGUGGUGAUGGCUGAGGUGGAUGGCCUCAAGAAGCUGAAGAAAGACUUCCAGGACACCACAGGCCUGGAGUGGAAGCCAGACAUUGUGCUGCCUGCUACUGCCACUGCUGCUGCCACCACCCAACCUAAGGCCUCAAAGUCACCGGUAGACAUUCACCGGGAGAUCAAGGCCCAGGGUGACAAGGUGCGGGACCUGAAGGCAGCCAAGGCAGAGAAGGAUGUGGUGAAGGGCGAGGUGGACACACUGCUGGCCCUCAAGAAGGCCUUCAAAGCGGCCACAGGGCAGGACUGGAAGCCAGACCUGGACGUGUCACAGCUGAGUGGCUCCUCACCUGCCUCCUCACCUGCUGCUUCCUCCCCCUCCUCCUCAGGGAAGGGCUCCAACACUGCCCUGGACCUGCACCAACAAAUCAAGGCUCAGGGGGACAUCGUGAGAGCCCUUAAGGCUGAGAAGGCUGACAAGGACAAGGUCAAGCAGGCUGUGGAUGGCCUCCUGGCACUCAAAGGUCAGUUUAAGACAGCCACUGGCAUUGACUGGAAGCCAGACAUUGAUGUGUCACAGUUCAGUGGUCAAGCCUCCCCUGCCACAUCUGCCUCACCUGCCACCCCUGCCUCCCCUGCUUCAGGGAAGGGCUCCAGCACUGCCCUGGAUCUGCACCAACAGAUCAAGGCUCAGGGUGAUGUGGUGAGGGCCCUUAAGGCUGAGAAGGCUGACAAGGACAAGGUCAAGCAGGCUGUGGAUGGCCUCCUGGCACUCAAGGGUCAGUUUAAGACAACCACUGGCAUUGACUGGAAGCCAGACAUUGAUGUGUCACAGUUCAGUGGUCAAGCCUCCCCUGCCACAUCUGCCUCACCUGCCACCCCUGCUUCCCCUGCUUCAGGGAAGGGCUCCAGCACUGCCCUGGACCUGCACCAACAGAUCAAGGCUCAGGGUGAUGUGGUGAGGGCCCUCAAGGCUGAGAAGGCUGACAAGGACAAGGUCAAGCAGGCAGUAGAUGCCCUUCUGUCACUCAAGGGUCAGUUCAAGUCGGCCACCAGCAUUGACUGGAAGCCAGACAUUGAUGUGUCACAGUUCUCUGAGGCCGCUAGCAAUGGCAGCGGUGGCAACAUGCCAGCCUCUGCAGCAGCCAAGGCUAGCCCUGCCAAGCCUGCUCCCACCAGAGCCAGCCCUGCCAAGGCCAUCCCUGCCAGGGCCAGCCCUGCCAAGACCACCCCUGCCAGGGCCAGCCCUGCCAAGACCACCCCUGCCAAGACGGCCAAGGUAGAGGAGGGCGGCGCCAAGAAGCAGACCCGCCUGGGCCUGGAGGCGAGGAAGGAGGAGAACCUGGCAGACUGGUACUCACAGGUGAUCACUAAAGCAGAGAUGAUUGAGUACUACAACGUGUCCGGCUGCUACAUCCUGCGGCCCUGGGCCUUCUCCAUCUGGGACUCCAUCAGGACCUUCCUGGAUGGCAAGAUCAAGGAGCUGGGCGUGGAAAACACCUAUUUCCCACUCUUUGUGUCCCGCGAGGCCCUGGAGCGGGAGAAGACUCACAUCAGCGACUUCUCCCCCGAGGUGGCUUGGGUCACCCGCUCCGGCUCCAGCGAGAUGGCCGAACCAGUGGCCAUCCGGCCCACCUCAGAGACGGUCAUGUACCCAGCAGUGGCCAAGUGGGUGCAGUCUCACCGUGAUCUGCCCAUGCGGCUCAACCAGUGGAACAAUGUGGUGCGGUGGGAGUUCAAGCAGCCCACGCCCUUCCUGCGCACCAGGGAGUUCCUGUGGCAGGAGGGCCACACAGCCUUUGCCACACAAGCUGAGGCAGUGGAGGAGGUGCACCAGGUGCUGGACCUAUACGCACAGGUGUAUGAGGACCUGCUGGCGGUGCCGGUGGUGCGUGGCCGCAAGACAGAGAAGGAGAAGUUUGCUGGUGCAGAUUUCACCACCACCACAGAGGCCUUCAUUUCGGCCAGCGGGCGCGGCAUCCAGGGCGCCACUUCCCACCACCUUGGCCAGAACUUCUCCAAGAUGUUUGAGAUUGUGUUCGAGGAUCCAGAGACCAAGGAGAAGCAGUUUGUGUUCCAGAACAGCUGGGGCCUCACCACCCGCACAGUGGGUGUCAUGGUGAUGGUGCAUGGCGACAACAAGGGCCUGGUGCUGCCACCGCGUGUAGCCAGUGUGCAGGCCAUCAUCAUGCCCGUUGGCAUCACAGCCAAGACCACCGAGGCAGAGAAGACUGCCCUGUACCAGGCCUGCCAGGACCUGGAGGGGGAUCUGCAGACUGGCGGGGUACGGGCACGGCGUGACCUGCGGGACAACGUGACCCCUGCCUGGAAGUUCAACCACUGGGAGCUGAAGGGCGUGCCCCUCAGGCUGGAGCUCGGCCCUAGGGAGGUGGCUGCUGGUCAGGUGUUUGUGGUUCGCCGUGACACUGGGGAGAAGCUGCCCGUGCCCCGGGCCAGCGUGGCAGCGGCCAUCUCAGCCAUCCUGGAGAAUGUCCACAAGGAUAUGUUUGAUCGUGCACACAAGGACAUGAAGGAACACACGGCCAAGGUCCACAGCUGGCCAGAGUUCACCUCCAGCCUGGAUGGUGGCAAUGUUCUGCUGGCACCCUUCUGUGGCCGGGAGGAGUGUGAGGACGUCAUCAAGAAAGAGUCGGCUCGGGAGGAGGCAGCAGAGCCAGGAGCACCAGCCAUGGGGGCCAAGAGUCUGUGCAUUCCUUUUGACCAGCCUGGCUCUGUGGACAACCUGGCCUGCAUACACCCUGCCUGCAAGACCAAGCCACAGUUCUACACACUGUUUGGCCGCUCCUACUAGCCUGGCCAGCAGAUGCCAUCCUACCACCUCCAGGUUCUGGCCCUGGCCCAACCCUGGUCCAGUCCUGGCAGUCUGAGUGACAAGUAACUCACCGUCACCAAAACAAGGGAGCAUUGUGGUCCAGGGUGUGGCUCAGGACACAGCCCUCAGGCCAUGGUAGGUGGCAGGCCUGGCAGGAUGUGUCAGUGGUUGGGGUGCCAAGCUGUGCCAUGCCACACCAGGGGCAGGCAUGGCUGGCACUGGUGUGGUGUUGGUGUGACCUCUUGUAUUUAUUUGUCUUGGGGAAUAUUUGAUUGUGUUCAAUUAUCACACACACACACACACACACACACACACACACACACACACACACACACACACACACACACACACACACACACACACACACACACACACACACACACACACACACACACUGGGGAACAUUCCUCAGGACACAUUCUGGUCUUCAUUGGGACGUUUCAUAUUCCAUUAAGUGGUUCAUUUACCCAGUCUGUUGCUAUCCAUUAUAUUUCAAUAUUGGCAUGAGUUGAAUGGUGUGGCAGGUCUGUCACCAUUAUUAUUAUUAUUAUCAUCAUCAUUAUUAUUAUUAUUAUUAUCAUUAUUAUUAUUAUUGUUAUUGUUAUUGACAUACCCAAACCCAAAAUAGAAUGCCUUACUGUCACAACACAUGCAAAACAAAAGGUGAACAAUAUAAUGCAUUUUUAUCCGAAAUAUAUAAUUGAGUUGAUAUUUAACA